AUUUCUUUAGGUUCAUCUUCAAACCAGUUAAAUCAGAUAAAUCUCCCUCGACGUCAGCCUCAACAGCAAAUGUACGGCAAUGUGUACUUACGCACCUCGGGAAUAAAUGAACACUCUUGCAUAGAUAAGCUUGUGGAGGAUGUUCUGUAUGUCGAUGAACUCGAUGGUCAAACCUCGGUGUCUCCGUCUUGGUUGAAUGAUGAUGUCGAGCCGGUUGAAGAUAAUGGUCAAACCGCCAAGCUCGGCCCUGGUUCAGGCUCUACACCAGUGGGUGUUAUGCCAAAGUCUCCUUCUUUCUCUCCACGACGUCCUGGUUUAAAAGCCCUUCUCAAAAAAUCGGCACCUGUUUUCACCCCACUAUCUCAAAAUUCUUUUUCGCCGUCCCCUAUAAAGACGUUGACCACUGCGUCUCACCCUACGGUACACAAGAAGACCGAUUUGAGGCAGACUUCUCUGCCACCGACGGAACCGACUCCACCUCAGGAGUUAGGAAUCCUCAUUUCGUCAAGCUUUCUAAAAGCUAUUAAUGAGGCUUGUGAUGCGAUUCAGGCUAUGCCUCUUGAAAAGUUAAUCAACUGUUUUGAAGAACAAAUAUCUAGUAUAACGCGAUUACUGACUGAAAGAAGUAAUUACCAGAAUUCAUUAGCGGAAUCUUACGGCAAACAAAAAUGUCAGCAAAAACGGCGUCGGUUUUCCAGUGCCAGUAAAUCAUCAGUUUGUACGGAGCCUACCAGCGCGAACGGAGCGGCCAGUGAUGCUGUUGAUAGCUCCAACGGUUUGAGGGGCUCUGUGGAGCAGGCACCCUCUUUAUUGCCUGUGACGAUUAUCAAUCGAUCUAAGCCUAAAGAGCCGAAAUUUGAGGCCGAUACUGGUGAGGGGAGUGUCUUUCUACCAUUGAGCAGUCGUCAGUCGAAAUGGGACAUAGCCUCUGAGAGUAUUGAUUACAAAGACCAACCUGAUGAUGGAUCAACUGGAGAAUUCGAUGGAACUGAUCGAUUCCCUCACUCAAAUACCAUGAUGGAUGUGUUUAAGCGCAUAUUUGGUCUCCGCACCUUUAGACGGAAUCAGCUACAGGCUAUCAAUGCUGCUUUAUUAGGAAAGGACUGCUUUGUUAUCAUGCCGACGGGUGGUGGAAAAAGUCUCUGCUAUCAACUCCCAGGUGUAGUUGAAGAAGGUCUCACGAUUAUUGUGUCUCCUCUUAAGUCUCUCAUUUUGGAUCAAGUGAACAAAUUGCAGUCUCUUGGUGUUCAUGCAGCUAGCCUUUCCGGUGAUGUUCCACUCUCAGAAUGUGAUCGCAUCUUCACUUCAUUGCACACAAUGAAGUUGGGCAUCAGUAUUCUCUUUGUAACGCCGGAAAAGAUUGCUGUCUCAGGGAAGCUAAAACAGGUCAUGGAAGAAUUGUACAGGAGAAAUAAGCUGGCACGCUUUGUGAUCGACGAGGCACAUUGCGUGAGUCAGUGGGGACAUGAUUUUCGUCCCGAUUAUCGAAAUUUGCGAAUCCUGCGCGAGAACUUUCCUAAGGUGCCCAUGAUGGCCAUGACUGCUACGGCAACUCCUUUAGUGCGGCAGGACAUCCUCCAUCAACUGCAAAUGUCUAACACAAAGUGGUUCAUUCAAAGUUUUAACAGGACAAACCUCAAGUUUGAGGUGCGUUCGAAACGUUUGAAGAACUGUUCAAAGGACGUAAUUCAGCUUAUCGAAACGAAAUUCUCGGCCCUUUCAGGCAUUGUUUACUGCCUGUCUCGCAACGAGUGCGAUACCCUUGCAGAGGAGCUUACUGCUGCUGGACUGCCAGCCAAAGCCUACCACGCUGGCAUGACUGACGCUGCCCGCAAACGCGUUCAGGAGGCCUGGAUUCAGGAGGACAACUUUAAGAUUGUUUGUGCGACGAUUGCCUUCGGCAUGGGCAUUGAUAAGCCGGAUGUGCGCUUUGUGAUACACCAUUCAAUUCCAAAAUCCAUUGAAGGUUAUUAUCAGGAGGCUGGUCGUGCUGGUCGUGACGGUCUCCCCUCUACCUGCAUACUGUACUACAACUGGCGUGACGUCGUUAGACUCAAAAAGCUUAUUCAUUCGAGCUGUCCGAAAGGGCAUGGAGAUGGGGCAGUAAAGUUGCACGAAGACGCUCUCUUCAAGAUGGUCUCUUACUGUGACAACGUGGUCGACUGCAGACGGCGCCUGAUUUUGGCUCACUUUGGCGAGGCUUUUGACCCUGCGAAUUGCGCUCUUGUAGCGGGCUGCGAGUGCGACAACUGUCACCGGGCGGAGCACCAGCAGCUGGCCCAGCGCGACCUCACUAUCGACGCCAAGGCCUUAGUUGAGGCCGUCUCAGCCCUUGUUCAGCGUCGGCGCAAUGUCACUCUCAACUAUCUUGUCGACGUCUUCAGGGGUAGGCUUCCCUAUACUUUUUUUGGAACUCAGUGUGCUCUUCGAGAUGAUUGGGUGAUGCGAAGAUUGGGUUCGAACUACUCAAAGACAGAUGCAGAACGCCUUCUUCAUCGUCUGCUCGCCGACAGAGUGCUCACUGAGGAAUUUGCCAUUACUGCUAUGGACACGGUUGCUGCUUAUCUCCGUCCUGGUCCUAGAGCAAGCCUUCUUCUCUCCGGCAGCUUGCAGAUUUUGCUCCCGGUGGCAGUGAACGUGAAGACAGGCAGAACUGACGUCUCAGUGGUGGGAGAGCAGCCGAAGGACAAGCUCGCUAGCGUUCGUAAGGAGUGCUAUGAGGCUCUCGUCAAAACCGCUAAACAACUUACCUCUCAACAGGGCAUCUCCAACUACGCAAUAGUUUUCCCCAACGAGAUGCUUCUCGAGAUAGCAAAUCUGCUUCCGACAUCGCAGGAGGAGUUGCUGAGGAUACCGCAAUGCACAGAGUACAAGUUGACUCGUUUCAAUGCUACUGAAGCUUUCCUCGAUGUAACACUUAACUACUUCUCCAUCCUUGGUGCCAUCAAAGCGGAGGAAAAUGAAUUUAAAAAGCACAGCGAACUUCUUGUAAAGCAGACGAUGGUGGUGCCCAAACCCCUCAAAGGCGUUGGCGCAGGCCAGAGAUCUCUCAAAAGGGUACUCGCCUCGAACUACUUUGGCAAAGUACGCAAUCACUGA